CAAUCACAUCCGCCGCUCUCUCUGCAUUGCUUCUGCGCUCUCGGAAACAUGGCGUUACGGGAGUUAGCAUCGCUGGAGAAAUAUUUGGGCCUGAAAAAGCCGAACAAGUAUAGCACACAGGGGGAUAAGAAGGUGCCCGUGCUGCAGAACAACAACGCUCCCCCGCUGGUGGGGCUGGUCACCAUCGCCUGUCACCUGGCCAAGGAGGCCAAGCGCCCGGAGCUGCUGGGGGACGGCGCGGAAGGCAGGGCCGUGGUGCAGCAGUGGCUGGAGUACAGGGUGACCAAGCUUGACGGCCACGCCAAGGAGGACACCAGGAGCAUCCUGAAGGACCUCAACCUCUACCUGCAAGACAAAGUCUACCUGGCAGGGAACCAGUUUACCCUUGCUGAUGUUCUCAUGUACUAUGGAAUACACGCCAUUGUACUGGACUUGGCCGUGCAGGAGAAGGAGCAGUACGUGAACGUGGCGCGGUGGUUCGACCACAUCCAGCACCACCCGGGGGUCCGACACCACCUCCCUCCAGUAGUCGUGCUCAGGAACAGACUUUACACCAGCCGACACCACUAGGACCGGACAUCCUCCUCCUCCUCUUCCUCCUCCUCCUCCUCCUCCCAGCCUCGCUCGGUACAACUCUUCCAGUCUUCUGACCAGACCAGGACAACGGAUCUCCUAAAAUACAACAUGUAUCAAAUUAGAGUCACAAAGCCAUAUCGCUCUCCUCUCAUUCGUGCUUCAGUGUCAGUAAUGUGUCCGCACCGAUUAGUUGUUGAGCGUAGAAAUAGUUCAGUGGUAAAGCAACGUCUGUUUUUGAUAACUAGUCAGUAACUCAGUCUUUAAAGCACUAUAAAAAUUCUGGUGUCUUAACCCGCCUACGUUUCUGACAGCAGCGAUGUGACUCGAUCGCAGCGUUUUAAGCUUUGUUUGUUUUUUGACGCCGUCGUUUUUAAAAGGGAAAAUUGUAUGCAGGGCAGUGCUGCUAGCUUUGCUGGUUGUAAAUGUUGAAUCUUUGUUAAAUCUGAGCCUUGAACCUGCUGCCGCUGGAAUUCUAGGUAGAAGGACUCGACUGGCAGCGCGUUGCGUCUCAAGCUCCUGCUUGGUGCGGUCGCUGGAUUAAUGUUAUAAACCCAUGCUGUUCUAACUGUGGAGUUUUAUCUCAUUAAAUUUCUUAGCACAUUG